CGGCACAGCCCUCCUUUUCCUUAGGGUUGACCCAGAAGAAGGAAAGAUGGUGCUGGAUCUGGAUUUGUUUCGGGUGGAUAAAGGAGGGGACCCGGCACUUAUCCGGGAGACGCAGGAGAAGCGUUUCAAAGACCCAGGGUUAGUAGACCAGCUGAUGAAGGCGGACAGCGAGUGGCGACGAUGCAGAUUUCAGGCAGACAACUUGAACAAGCUGAAGAACCUCUGCAGCAAGACAAUUGGAGACAAAAUGAAGAAAAAGGAGCCAGUGGGAGACAAUGAGGCUGUCCCGGAGCACGUACUGCACCUCGACGACCUCACGGCGGACACUUUAGCUAACCUGCAGGUCUCCCAAAUCAAAAAGGUCCGGCUGCUUAUCGACGAUGCCGUCCUGAAGUGUGAUGCCGAGCGACUCAAGCUGGAAGCCGAGAGGUUCGAGAGCCUCCGCGAGAUCGGGAACCUCCUUCACCCCUCGGUGCCCAUCAGCAACGACGAGGAUGCCGACAACAAAGUCGAGAGGAUUUGGGGAGACUGCACAGUCCGGAAGAAGUACUCCCACGUGGACCUGGUGGUGAUGGUAGAUGGCUUCGAAGGCGAAAAGGGCGCAGUGGUGGCCGGGAGCCGGGGGUACUUCCUGAAGGGGGUCCUGGUGUUCCUGGAACAGGCACUCAUCCAAUAUGCCCUUCGCACCUUGGGAAGUCGGGGCUACACUCCCAUCUACACCCCCUUCUUCAUGAGGAAGGAGGUCAUGCAGGAAGUGGCGCAGCUCAGCCAGUUUGAUGAGGAGCUUUAUAAGGUGAUCGGCAAAGGCAGUGAGAAGUCGGAUGACAACUCCUAUGACGAGAAAUACCUGAUCGCCACCUCCGAGCAGCCCAUCGCUGCGCUCCACCGGGACGAAUGGCUGCGCCCCGAGGACCUGCCCAUCAAGUAUGCUGGCCUGUCCACCUGCUUCCGCCAGGAGGUGGGCUCCCACGGCCGCGACACCCGCGGCAUCUUCCGAGUCCAUCAGUUUGAGAAGAUUGAGCAGUUUGUCUACUCGUCCCCGCAUGACAACAAGUCAUGGGAGAUGUUUGACGAGAUGAUCGCCACCGCAGAGGAGUUCUACCAGUCUCUGGGGAUCCCGUACCACAUUGUGAACAUCGUGUCAGGUUCUUUGAAUCACGCUGCCAGUAAGAAGCUUGACCUGGAGGCCUGGUUUCCGGGCUCUGGGGCCUUCCGAGAGCUGGUCUCCUGUUCCAACUGCACGGACUACCAGGCACGCCGGCUCCGAAUCCGAUACGGGCAGACCAAGAAGAUGAUGGACAAGGUGGAGUUUGUUCAUAUGCUCAAUGCUACCAUGUGCGCCACUACCCGCACUAUCUGCGCCAUCCUGGAGAACUACCAGACGGAGACGGGUAUCAGAGUGCCUGAGAGACUAAAGGAGUUCAUGCCGCCAGGUCUCCAAGAGCUGAUCCCCUUUGUGAAGCCGGCGCCCAUAGACCAGGAGCCUUCCAAGAAGCACAAGAAGCAGCACGAGGGUAGCAAGAAGAAACCCGCCGCGGGAGCCGUGGCCCUGGAAGGCCAGCUGCAGAACAUGGGGGUCACUGACGCCUGAACACUCCAGCCGCUGGCUCUCAGGCUUCCCUUUCUGCCCGCCUCAGCCGGGACGCCAGAGCCACCCGUCGCCCUGCCCCAUCUGACUGCAUAGCUAAGGGGAACACCUGUGACGUACGCACAGUGCAGAUGUUCGCGUCUCUCCGCAUGGGCAUAGGAUCCAGUCACUGGUGACUGACGAUGACGACAAGUAAUAAAAUAUAGCUGGGGAAGGCUCCA